AUGGAGGACAAUAAAAUUGAAACGAAUGCGGAGAGUGAACGGAAAUUUUCACGACGUAAAGUGUUUAAGUUUUGUUCCAUCGCUGUAAUAGCGCUAACACUAGGCUUCGUACACUACCGCUAUGUAUCAAGUCUCUUCGAAAACGACCGGAGUUUCUCCUACCUAUCAGAGAUGGAGAGGGAGAUGUCUCUGAGAACAGAGAUGGGUUUCUAUUACUCCUAUUAUAAAACCAUGGUGGAAGAGAAGCCGUUCAUCGCUGGGAUAUCGAAGCUCAUGUAUGAUAGAUUGGUUGAGUACCCUAAGGAUGUGAAUGCAUUCAAUCGGUUCAAUAUUUAUCCGGAGGUCCUAAUCGGAGCUCUAUACCGAUACUUCGAGCCAUAUUUGAACACGUCCUCGCAUCGCCAGUGCCACAUGGUGGACCGGGGCGAGCUGCCGCCAGUAGAGAGCUGCGUGGGCAUUGGCCAGCCGAUAUUCUUUUAUUUAGAGGCAGUAUGGUGGCUGGCCGGGUUGACUGUCGCAGCCCUGUUUUUGCAUGCUGCUGCUUUAAGUGAAAGCAUCCUAGGCGGUUUGCUAGCAGUGGCUCAAUACUUCGCGAAUCACUCAGAGUGCACCAGAGUGCAAUGGGCACCCAACGAGAGAGAGAACUUCGCAGCACCUCUCCUGCUGCUGCAGACCUGGCUGGUAUCCAUGCAGCUCAGGGAUAAACAGAGGAGGACCACUUUUCAGUUGCAAGUGUCCAUCUUCAUAUUGAACUGCCUCUGUCUCUUAUUCUGGCAGUUUUCUCAAUUCAUAUUUUUGACCCAAACGGCCAUUUUUUUUGUAAUGGAACAAUUUCGUAUAAUUGACGUUAAAGCACUUUGUAUAUUUCUGCAUUCCCAUUUCUGCGGCCUUCACAUGGCUGUCCUUCUUCUACAGGGCAAUGAUAUGCUAAAAUCGUCCUUAUACGCUUCCUAUUUCGUGAUAGUAUCCGCGUACUGUUUAUUCUUCAGCUCUCUAAGGCUUAAGGUUCAAAAUCGCGUGGAUUUGUUCGUGGAGAUAUGGCUCAUUUUCCUAAGAAUAGCUAUAGUGACUUUAGCGGCAUUUUACUUGAAGAAAGUGUUGAGUGAUUUUUUGAUUGUUGAAGAAGAUUCGCAUGUGUGGGAUAUUUUGUACUCAAAAUUCUCGAAUUACAAAAAUUUUCAUACAUUAAUUUAUACUUGUAAUGCAGUUUUUGAUUUUUUACCCCUAAGUUCGAUUCAAAAACUAUUUAGAUCAUUCUUGAUACCCUUCGCGAUGUUGAGUAUCGCUAACAUGUGCAUUUUUUGGGUUACGAACGCCGUCGAUUCGUGCGAGAAAGAGAUAGACAAUCGAAGCCAAAAGAAAGACAAGGACGGCGAUGUAUCUGACGAAUCCGACUCUGGAAUUGAAAAUUCAGAUUUAAAGAAAAAUAUAACGGAUUUGGACGUUAUAGAUAAGGAGAUAAAGUCGAAGAUUGAAGGGGAAGAGACUAGUGAUGUGCUUAUUUUGGUUUUGAGGCAUAUGAAGGCUGAACCGGCGAUAUUUUAUAAUAUAUCGCAGAUGGUUGUCUAUGGUGUCAUGGCGGCGCUAGUGAUGCGACUCAAGUUGUUGUUCACAACGCAUUUAUGUAUUGUAGCCGCUAUUAUGAUGAAUUCUAAAUAUUAUCCCAUCCCGAAGUCCUACAAGAAGUAUCUCCCAUUCUUCUGGGCAGUGUGUAUGUCUCCGCUCAUACAGGACAUGUUGCAAAGUAUACCGAAGGAGAUGUCGCAUAUAGGUGAAUUCAGCGACAUAAACCAAGAACAGUUGCUAGAGUGGAUCCGUGCGGACACGCCCGUGACCGCGGCAUUCGCGGGAUCGAUGCCCAUCCUAGCCACAAUCAUGCUAGUCACGAGGCGACCUAUAGUUGCGCAUCCACACUAUGAGCACUUAGAUGCCAGAGAGCGAGCGUACACAGUACACAAGAUGUACGGCAAGUUCACUCCUCAUGAGUUCUACCAGGAUCUCACCAAGCUGAAGGUCAGUUACCUCGUCGUAGAGACGAAGUACUGCUAUGGAAGGAGCAGUACAGGAUGUUCGUUCGAGAACAUAUGGGACAUAGAGACGCCCUGGUUGAGUAAACGUCCCACCAUCUGCUCAACCUUACUCACCCAACCAGUCGACCACUUCUAUCCCGUGUUCCGAAACGAACAUUAUGCUGUAUUCAACAUCCAUGAUUAUAGCGUUCGAUAUAUGCCUCGCAGCUUCGAAUCUUGA